AUGAGACCACCACCUGGUAUGGAAAACCUUACCAAACCAGGAAAUGUAUUGAGGCUGAAGAAAGCCAUCUAUGGCAGUGACAAAGAAGGGAUCAUCUCGACCAAAGCGUUCCUUAAUGCUUCAUUUGAUAUCAAGGACUUGGGAGAGCUCAAAUACUUCCUAGGGAUCGAGAUGUGUAGGUCUAAGGAAGAGUUGUUUCUAUCUCAAAGGAAAUACACCCUUGACUUACUAAAUGAGGCUGGAGAUCUUGGUGAAAGAGCUGCCAAAACACCUCUAGAAGAAGGAUACAAAGUGAUGCGUGAGGGGGAGAUUGAAGACAAACGGUCAAUUCCUUUUGGGGCGCUUCUUGAAACGCACGUUAGUGAAUCUAGCAAGCAACUUAUUUUAUCUUCUUUGGGCCCUGGGUGGUCACUUUUGGACAACUACCACCAGUCUCCGUUAGGGAAGAUCUGGUUUAUCUUCAGAAACCCGGUUACAGUAAGGUUUCUUUUUGCAGACCUCCAAUCUAUCACUUGUGAGGUUAAUUUGGAGGAUGGGAAUUCUAUUGUCUACACGACUAUUUAUGCUUCUAAUGAGGUCGAGCUUCGAAAAGAUCUCUGGAUUUCUCUAAGGGACACAAGUGCAGCUUUUGAUCUCUCUAACAAGCCUUGGAUUGUGGGAGGAGAUUUUAAUGAAAUUCUUCAUCCUGACGAAACUUCUAACCAGGGUAUUAACACGACAAACCGAGCAAUGCGGCUGUUUGGAGAGUGUCUGGGUGAUCUAGGUCUUUUUGACCUUCCUUUUACAGGCCCUAAAUUCACUUGGACUAAUAAGUGUCCCUCAGACCCCAUAGGUAAAAAACUUGACAGAUGUUUGGUCAAUGGGGCAUGGAUUCUUCGGUUCCCUUCCAGCUAUUGCGAGUUUUCUGCUCCAGAAUUUUCAGAUCAUUGUCCUUGUCAUAUUCAACUGGUCUCUCCGCCUCCGUCUUUCGGCUCGCGGCCAUUCAAGUUCUACAAUUUAUUAACAAAGAACCUGCAUUUCUUAGAGGUUGUUAAGGGCGCUUGGGAUUUGGCGGGGACCCGGGUUUUCAAACUGAGUGAUUUCUGUUUUAAACUGAAAAGCAUGAAGACGCCUAUGAAGUCUCUGCACCGAGAUAAUUAUAGUGAUAUUGAGAAGCGAGUGCACCUAGCAGAGGCUAAUCUUACUUCUGCUCAGCUCAUAGCCCUUGAUGAUCCUACGCCGAUCAACGUGCAGAUGGAAGUACUAGCUAAGGACCGUUGGAUUUCUCUGCGUCUUGCUGAGGAAAGUUUUUUCAGGCAACGCUCUCGAGUUAAGUGGCUAGGCGAAGGUGAUCUCAAUACGCCUUUCUAUCAUAGUAUGAUGACGAUGCGAAAUACUAUGAAUGCGGUUAAACAACUUUACCGCGAUGAUGGGACUGCUACAAACUCGCUUCAGGAGGUCCACGCUCUUGCUAUGGAGUACUUUGAAGGUAUUUUGUGUACAAUUCGCGGUAUGUUCUGGCGUGGUCUUCCAGACUUUCUUGAGGCUAUCAUCCAGCGUAAAUGCUCACUCCAGGACAAGGAUGCGUGCCUUCUUCUGACUAGCUUCAUGCCCACGUCUUUAAAUUCCACGUCCCUGGUUCUUCUUCCCAAGCGGCCUGGGGCCAACACUAUCCGAGAGUUUCGACCCAUAGCGUGUCUUAACACACAGUACAAGUUGAUCUCGAAGCUCAUUUCCAACAGGCUAAAGUCUAUCCUCCCGUCAAUCAUCCUCCCUAACCAAACGGCCUUUGUCAAGGAUAGGUUGAUUCUUGAGAACAUUUUGUUGGCCUCGGAGGUUCUAAAUGGCUACCAUAAACACUCAGAGGUCCCAAAAAUAACAUUGAAGGUCGAUAUAGCGAAAGCUUUCGAUUCGGUUCGAUGGGAUUUUGUGCUAAGUACUCUUCAAGCCUAUGACUUACCUCCAAUCUUCAUCGGAUGGGUUAAAGCCUGCAUCUGCUCUCCGUCCUUCUCCCUUAGUAUUAACGGAGUCACCUCGGGAUAUUUUAAGGGGAAGACAGGUCUUCGGCAAGGCGAUCCGUUGUCUCCAAUCCUCUUUGUCAUGAUGAUGAAUAUUCUUUCGCUAAUGUUGAACAGAGCUGCAUUGUCAGGCUCUUUUGGAUACCAUCAGGACUGUGCUGAUCAACAACUCACUCACUUGUGCUUUGCUGACGAUUUACUCAUAUUCGUCGAGGGCAAUGAAUCGUCGCUGGAAGGAGUUUUUAACGUUUUAUCAGAUUUUGAGAUGAUGUCUGGCCUUGCAGUUAAUGUAAGUAAAACGAAUAUGUUCUCUUCAGGGAUUGCGGAAGUUGAGAUUCAGAGAAUUGCUAGUCAUUUCGGGCUGGCUCGUUCUAACUUACCAGUUCGCUAUCUUGGAACUCCUCUCUGUACGAAGAAGUUGUCUUUCUCAGACUGUGAUCCGCUCUUGUUGCAGAUCAAAAAGAAAUUGAGUUCCUGGACUACACGAUCCCUUUCAAUGGCGGGUAGGCUAACCAUGCUAACCUCUGUCAUCUCGGGCAUUAUUGGCUAUUGGUCAAGCGCAUUUCUCCUUCCAAAGCGGGUAAUGAAAUCUAUCAACUCUCUUUGCAGUUCAUUCCUGUGGCAUGGGACUAUUGGGAUUUCAACAGGUGCAAAGGUUGCUUGGAAGGCUCUCUGCACUCCGAAAACAGAGGGUGGCUUAGGUAUUCGAAAUAUAGAGACAUGGAGUGAAACAUGUGCUUUGAAGCUGAUUUGGAUGCUCUUCUUCAGAGCUGGAUCUAUCUGGGUAGCUUGGAUGAGACAGAGAUACUUGAACAGAGCCACUUUUUGGUCACUCAAUGAGAAAAAUUAUACUUAUUCCUGGAUGUUCAGGAGAUUACUCAAGCUACGACCAAAAGCCUUGCACUUCAUCAGAAUUUCAAUUGGCAGAGGAGAGGACACUUAUUUCUGGUGGGAUCCAUGGACUCCCUUUGGCCCCCUUUACAGCUAUCUUGGUCAAGAUGGACCAACCCUAUUGGGGAUCCCACUAUUUGCGAUGGUCUCAGAUGUUUGGAAUGGGAGUUCUUGGUCCUUCUCUGCAGCAAGGUCUAAUCGUCAGCUUAACUUAUUGUCUUUUCUUACCACAAUUUCCCCAGCUAAUGGACAAGAUGUUCCUAUAUGGAUCGUCAACGGGAAUAUUCAAAAAUCUUUCAUAUCGCGUUUGGUUUGGGAGGCUAUUCGGCCGCACCUUCCUGUAAAAGCUUGGGCUCCCCUCCUCUGGCACAAAGGACUCAUCCCACGCCAUGCAACAACUACUUGGCUCUUCAUUCUUGAUACGAAUCCUACAUUAGACCGUCUCCUUUCUUGGGGUCUAGAUGUUGAUACUAUAUGCCUCCUAUGCGGUACUGCUGAUGAAUCAAGGAAUCAUUUAUUCUUUGAGUGUCAAUAUUCGGUGGAAGUUUGGUCAUCUAUCUGUGCUCGUCUCAAUUUUACAUCUCCUCCAACCUCAUGGAAUGCGACUAUGACGUGGUUACCAAAUGCUUCUUCAGAUCGUUCUAUCAAAACUGCUCUACUACAAGCUUGGCAAGCAACUGUUUACAGCUUAUGGCAAGAGCGUAACUUCAGAUUCCAUUCAGGUUUAACGAUUCCAUCCUCUGUCUUGGGUAGGAACAUCCAUCGCAUGGUCUCAGAAAAGUGCAUGGCAAUGGUCGCUCUUGGUCAAACAUUAGGAACUCCCCUCCUCUGCAUUUGGAACCCUCCAUGA